AUGACUCGAAAUGCGCCUGACACGCCCUUGUUCGCGGCCAUCAAGUACGACAAUGGCAAAACUCUUCUCCAGGAGACAGGCGUUCCCGUGGACGUUGAUGGUGCCGUAUCUACGCACCAUCAAGAAGCGCAAGACGACAAGCAGUCACUUGUCAAUUGCAAGAAACUGCAAGGCUUUCAAGAGGAUGCAGAUGAUUCCUCGCCGCCAGUUUUCAAGCACACAAAAAAGUCGCACGCGUCCUGGACAAUUGGGAGUCUGGGCAUGCUGCUCCUUGUCGCCUUCAUCCCAGUCAUUCGUGGUGGUCCGUUGCACCCUCCAAAAGAGCUUCAAGAGGAUACCACUGACGCGGCUGAUUGGAUUGAGCUGCUGCCACAAGACGUUGUGAGUCAUCUGGACACUCAAGUGGAUCCGUGCGACGAUCUGUACGCGUUUAGUUGCGGGUCGUGGCUUAAACAAGCUGAGAUCCCUGACGACCAGUCGAGCGUCAACACAAGCAGCGCGACAGCAGACGCAGCGUCGGUGUCGGUCUUGUCGCCAGCACUUGAGCAAAUUGAAGCUGUGACGAGCAAAAGCGAAUUGUUUCAGCUGGCUGGCAAGUUGUCAAUAGUAGGGCCUAAUUUUUUUACGGGGCUCGGAGUGUCGGCAGAUGCUAGAGAAGCGACCGCGUACGCGCUGUACGCGUCCCAGACGGGUCUUUCGCUGCCGGAUCCGCAGUACUACCUGGACCACAAAAUGUUUAAAUCGAUCAGUGACGCAUUUCAUGCGUACGUCGUGGAGUUGUUUUCGCUGGUUGGCUUGGAAUCACACAAAGCAGCAUCGCAAGCUUCCUCAGUAAUUUCUUUUGAGCAAACGCUUGCACCGUUGUUCGUACCGAAGGAAGAGCUGCAGGAUCCGGUGGCAACAUACAAUCGUAUGACUGUAGCUCAGGCCGCUGAGAAGUACCCGUUACUCGUCGCACAGUUCAUGGAUGGGAAGGGGAUGCUGGAGAACCUAGUUGCUCGGAACGCUAGUGUCAUUGUCCAAACGCCUUCGUUCUUUGAGCGUGUUGGGGAUCUCGUGACUGGAGAUUCUGUGACGCUCGACACUCUGAAAGCCGUGCUUACGUACCAAUACAUCAACGCCCAUGCAAGUGCCUUGAGUGAGCCUUUCGUCCAGGCGUCUUUCUCUUUCUUCGCGCAAACGCUCGGGGGCCAAAAGAAACGUGCUCCGCGAUGGAAGGUGUGUGUUCAGCGUGUUGUAGACUAUUUUCCUGAUUUGGCUGGCAAGUACUUUGCACUUCAUCGUUUUGACAAGGCUAGUGAGCGACUUGCCGACCAGCUCGUGAUGCACGUCCAAGCAUCGUUUGAGAAGGAUCUUGAGCAUUGGGGUGGGUGGUGGGCGAACCCACUCGGCAGGGUGCUAUUGACAAGUUGGGCAACAUGA